UUAGCCACCGUAGGCUUCGUCAGAAGUAAAUACUGCCUGCUAGCUUCCAGCUAGCUAGCUACCUAUAAAGAAACAUGGCUUUUACUUUGUAUUCACUCAUUCAAGCAGCAAUUCUGUGCGUCAAUGCUGUCGCUGUAUUGCACGAAGAAAGAUUUCUGAGUAAAAUCGGCUGGGGAGUCGACCAAAGCGUCGGAGGUUUUGGUGACGAACCAGGCGUCAAAGUGCAGAUGAUGAACCUUGUGCGCUCUGUGAGGACAGUGAUGAGAGUGCCGUUGAUUGCAGUGAAUGCAGUCUGCAUAGUGCUGCUGCUUCUGUUUGGAUGAGAAGUGAGUGAAGAUGGGACAGACCAGGAGAAAAACCUCCACCACCUCAGGAACCCUUCUGCAGAAACAUUUCAUCCCUUUGUCUCAAAAAUGUCUCCUCAAUAUGAAUGUUAUCAUUUAAUAUCAAUGCAUGAGAUACUAUAAGGCCUGUUUUUUUACAGCACAGUAAUUCAAAAUCAGUAUCUGGUUUAUUGCCA